AGAGAUAAACCGUUUGAUGUGCGCCACAUGAAUUCUGCAGGCUCAUUGAUGGUUCUGUUAGCUUAAACCGGGUUAUCGCUAAUGGGCUAAAUCAGACGUCUCUACGAUAGAAAGAGCAAUAGUUAUUGCGAAAAGGGGUAGUUCCAGCCGAAGGUUGAUAAGUUGUAAGGCGAGGUAAUAGGCAUACCGCAUACGGAUACUAGAACGGAUUAGUUGCUGCUCAUUAAAGAAUGAUUGCUACACAGUUGUUAUCACCAAUGGGUUGUGCUGUCUGGCUUUUGUAUAUGACAAAAGCGAUGUGUUCCUCCCAUACCGGGCUGCCCUUAUAUAACGAUAUUAUCUGGGGAGACCGUGAUACUGGAUAUAGAAGUUUCAUCCAAGCAACGGGGUUUCUCGGAUCGACCGGCUAUUGGCCGAACAAUCAAGCUAUCCCCUAUGCAUUACACGGUUUUAAAAUCAAAGAAAGAAAAAUUAUAGAAGAAGCUCUGGACAUCAUUGCAUGGAAGAGCAGUGACUGUAUAACAUUUAAGCCUCGCACAACGGAGGAAUUAUAUAUCCAGUUUCAACACCAAACGGGAAUCCGAGCAGUGUGCCAAGCUGAUAUUGGUCGCAUCACCAGCCGUCCUACAAAAGUGCUCCUGCACUCGGAAUGCUUAUCACCAGGCAUCGUGCAACACGUCGUCAUGCACGCCCUCGGAUUCUUGCAUGAGCACAGUCGUCCAGACCGAGACAAUUACAUCAGUAUAAACAGGAGCAAUCUCCUGCCAGGAGUCCAAGAAAAAGAUAUACAGAUGUUGUCGCAGAUGGCGACAUUUGGCCUGCGUUAUGAUGUUCAGUCUCUGAUGCAUUAUGGCCCGGAAGUGGCCAUAAGUCCCGAGAGACUGGCAAUCGUUCCCAAGAAAUCCCUACCGCCGCUGCGGAUAGGGCAGAGAUACGGGCUCAGCCACCUGGAUGUGGCCAAGCUAAAGACGGCCUAUAACUGUUCGCAGAGCGAGAUUUUACAGCCCCUGCAGAGCAGCCUCAGUACCACCGUCCGCUACGGGGAUAUGCCGCUGCCAACCAACAAGACGCCCAUCCUGUAUACCGUCAAAUUCCAUGGCGGAUUUCUGGCAGUUUCGCAGAAUGCUGACGGUUCCUUGUACAAAAGCUUUAAUCACUUUGCGUUGACUAAAUCUGGCAUCCUCAGCCAGUCGUGUUCCUUCACACUCCGCUGCUCUGGUCUGCUCACCGGCCUGGCGUUUUUAACGGCGGCAUACACAGCGUUGUAGUUUAUUUAUUAAUUUUCAGUGUAGUAAAAUACCGUAAUUCUUAUGUAUCUUGUUGUACAUGUGCUGGGAAUUAUGUGGAUUACCGCCGAUUACGCAAUAUGUGUAGAGUAGUAAUAAAAUGGCUUUAUUGCGCCGGUGCUGAAUUGAAACUGUCCUCGCC